AUGACAGACGAAAAGAAAGAAUCAGCGAAAGAACUCGACUCGUGGAUUGAACAACUGAAAGAAUGCAAGCAGUUACAAGAGAAUCACGUCAAAUUCUUAUGUGAUCGUGCUAAAGAUAUUCUUUCGAAAGAAUCGAAUGUGCAAGAAGUAAAAAGUCCAGUAACAGUGUGUGGUGAUGUACAUGGUCAAUUUCAUGAUCUCAUGGAAUUAUUCAAAAUUGGCGGUGAUGCACCGGAUACGAAUUAUUUAUUUAUGGGUGAUUAUGUGGAUAGAGGGUAUUAUUCAGUAGAAACAGUCACAUUGCUUGUCGCACUUAAAGUGCGUUAUCAAGACCGUAUAACAAUCUUACGUGGAAAUCAUGAAUCUCGGCAGAUUACUCAAGUCUAUGGAUUUUACGAUGAGUGCUUGAGAAAAUAUGGCAAUGCCAAUGUCUGGAAAUAUUUUACUGAUCUAUUCGAUUAUCUACCGUUAACAGCAAUUGUAGAUAAUCAAAUAUUCUGUUUACAUGGAGGUCUUAGUCCAUCGAUCGACACGCUGGAUCAUAUCCGAGCAUUAGAUCGAAUUCAAGAAGUGCCACACGAAGGGCCUAUGUGUGAUCUACUAUGGUCUGAUCCAGAUGAUCGGGGUGGUUGGGGUAUUUCACCACGUGGUGCUGGUUAUACUUUCGGACAAGACAUAUCGGAAACAUUCAAUCAUACAAAUGGUUUACAACUCGUUUCUCGAGCACAUCAACUUGUCAUGGAAGGAUACAAUUGGUGUCAUGAGAAGAAUGUAGUAACGAUAUUUUCCGCACCUAAUUACUGCUAUCGUUGUGGUAAUCAAGCUGCCAUUAUGGAAUUAGAUGAUUCAUUGAAAUACUCAUUUCUUCAAUUCGAUCCUGCGCCACGACGCGGUGAACCUCACGUAACACGAAAGACGCCGGACUAUUUUCUUUAA